AUGGCGGAAGCAGUUUUCCACGCCCCAAAGAGGAAAAGAAGAGUGUAUGAGAGUUAUGAAUCUCCUUUGCCGAUCCCUUUUGGUCAGGAUGGUGGGCCUAAGAAAGACUUCAAAAUAUUCACUGCUGAAAUGAUAAACAACAAUGUAAUUGUGAGAAACGCAGAAGAUAUCGAGCAGCUGUAUGGGAAAGGUUAUUUUGGAAAAGGUAUCCUGUCUAGAAGCCGUCCAAACUUCACAAUUUCAGAUCCUAAGCUCGUUGCUAAGUGGAAAGAUAUGAAGACAGACAUGCCUAUAAUCACGUCAGAAAAGUACCAGCGUAGUAUAGAAUGGGCCACAAAGCUCAUGCAAAGACAGGGGCAGGAUGAGAGUACAGUGCACAGAAUCCUCAAGGAUUACACAAAACCACUCGAGCAUCCUGGUAUAAAAAGGAAUGAAGAAUUUCAAUGGCAUGAUGAGCUGAAUUCUGAAACCAUUCCCAAAAUGGAAGGUAUUGCAGAUAGAGAGGAACUUUCUGUGAUGAAUGGGGGCUCGGAAAAGUCCCUAGACCUGGAGGGUCCUAACGAGCAAUCAGACCACCUACAAGAGAGCUCAGGGCCUGACCCACUGACUCCAGAUGGCUUGGAUGAACACUUGGUAGAGGUUGCCACACUGCAGCACUGCCCCCCACCCCACGUUCAUUGCAGCAAAGAUAUUCUCCCCCAGCGUGACACUCAGCCUGGGGACAGGAGUCCCCAAGUGGAUCUCAUCUGUGCCAGAGAGAGAGGGCCCAGUGAUGAGUAUGUGCUGGUAGAGGAAGAUGUGUAUCAUGUGAGCGAGAAAGAAUGUGCCCCACGUGAGGAAUUGGCACCAAAAAAGAGAUUAAUAUGCAGAAGAAAUCCAUAUCGGAUCUUGGAGUAUUUGCAACUUAGCCUAGAAGAGGCCUUUUUCCUGGUCUAUGCUCUAGGAUGUCUAAGCAUCUACUAUGAGAAGGAGCCUUUAACAAUCCUGAAGCUCUGGAAAGCUUUCCCUAUAGUUCAGCCCACAUUCAGGACUACGUACAUGGCAUACCAUUACUUCCGAAGCAAGGGCUGGGUUCCCAAAGUGGGACUGAAGUAUGGGACAGAUUUACUGUUGUAUCGAAAAGGCCCUCCAUUUUACCAUGCAAGUUAUUCUGUCAUUAUUGAAUUAGUCGACGACCAUUUCGAGGGCUCUCUUCGCAGACCUUUCAGCUGGAGGUCACUGGCUGCCUUGAGCAGAGUUUCAGUUAAUGUCUCCAAGGAACUUAUGCUGUGCUAUUUGAUUAAACCCUCUACCAUGACUGACAAAGAGAUGGAGUCACCAGAGUGUAUGAAACGAAUCAAAGUUCAGGAGGUGAUUCUAAGCCGUUGGGUUUCUUCACGAGAGAGAAGUGACCAAGACGAACUUUAA